AUGAGCAUGGAAAGUUUUGAUAGUCUGAAAAGAGAGGCGACAAAGCUCGAACGUCAGCUUGAGGAUAAGGUGUCUCGAUAUCAGCAGCUGGUUCAAACAAUACCGGACACGUCAAAUGAUUUGCUCCUGGCGGAAUCAGGCAUGCACUCGACAGAAGAUGAAGCAACUCUAAGACAUGAUAUUCAGCGUACGCUGACCAAUAUGCAGGACUUGAUCACAACAAAACUUCAACCUACAGCAGACCAAUCCAGAUCACAGAAUCCAUCCUUACUAGUGAAACGAUACCGAGAGAUUCUCUUUGAUUUGACAGGUGAUUUUGAAAAGUCGCGACAAGCUCAUGUUCGUAAGCAAGAACGCGCCAAACUAAUGGAGGGAGCACGCACAAAUUCGCAAAACGACAAUGUUGAUCCAGCCAUGGAACAUUUGAUGCGAGAAGGACGCCACAUUGGAAAUUCCUUGAAUGCAGCAGCGUCGGUGAUUAAUCAAGCAUCAGAGGUUAGAUCCGAUCUUCGCACCCAAGGACUCUCUCUGGGGCGUGUUCAAACCACCAUGGGGGUGAUUGCUUCAAAUAUUCCUGGCUUGAAUACACUUGUGGAAUCAAUCAGACGUAAGCGAUCGAAAGAUGAUAAGAUUCUUGCUGGAGUGAUCGCUUCUUGCAUCCUCUUCACUCUGUGGUAUCUAUUCGGCUGA